UUCCUGCACGUUUGCUGUUGGAGUAGCAAACUAGCUCUGAUUACAAUCAUUGUAUUAUUUUUUUAUUACUUUUCAUAAACGUUAACUUAGUCAUAGACACGCGUUACACAAGUGACCAAGCCAGGGCCUUCGGUGCUUUUACGUUAUUAGUUUAGUGUUUUUGUUUUGCUUUUAGCAGGGCUAGCCAUGUUUCAGUAGCUGUUUAACUUCAGUUUACGGAAAGAAAACGUGUAAGUAAAGGAUUUGAGAAAAGAUUGUGAAGGUGUGAUGGAAGCGGUGGUGGAGGAAACAACGGUGGUGGAAACAACCGAGAAAGGGACGGAUGUGGCCGUAAAGGGAGAAGCUUCCCUCAAACCAGAAUUCUUUACCACCAAAGAGAAAUUUCACAAGUAUAUAGACUCAGAGUGGCAGGGCUCCAAAAGAGACCAAGUCGAUGAGACUACUGGGACAUCUGUUGAGGAACAUCAACCAAAAAAAAUCAAACUUGACACUGAAGAUGGGAAAUCAGACAGUAAACAACUUCGUGGGCAGAAUAAGUCAAGGCCACACAAAAAGCCGGCCAGUUAUGAUGACCAACGCCUGUGUCUCUCAGUCGUGAAGGACAAGGAAUGCAGCUUUGGAGACAAGUGCCGCUUUUCCCAUGAUGUUGCGGAGUACAUGGCCUCUAAGCUUCCUGACAUCGGGGAACGCUGUUACAUCUACGACACAUUUGGAAAGUGUGGAUAUGGUCUGACCUGCCGCUUUGCCAAGGCUCACACUACGCCCGACUUCAAAACCAUGGAGAAGGCAGAUCUGGUCGACGCCUGCAAAGGCAGGACUGUGGUGAAGAACAACUUGGACAGGGACCUUCAGAACAGUCUGAGGAAGCGUUCGGUAGCCUUCAAAAAGUCAGAAGAGUAUCUGAAAACACUUUCGAAAAACAAAGACAAAAAAGAGCAGCACGGAAAUGGUGACGCUUGUACAGAUGAAGUAUCUGCACAUCCAAAAGGGGAAAAGCAGGAUAUUUCUACUGAAUCCCAGGGAAAUCCAGAUAAACAGCCUGUCGUGAAGACUAUGGGCCCUUUAACUGAUGAAGAUGUCAUCAAGUUACGCUCUUGUGAAAAGAAGCAGGUCGACUUCCGAGACAAGCUCUACCUCGCUCCCUUGACGACUUGUGGAAACCUGCCUUUUCGACGCGUCUGUAAGCGCUUUGGUGCAGACAUCACCUGUGGGGAGAUGGCCAUGUGCACCAACCUGCUGCAGGGCCAGCAGUCGGAGUGGGCGCUCCUAAAGAGACACGAGAGUGAAGAUAUUUUUGGUGUCCAGGUUGAGGGAUGUUUCCCCGAUACGAUGACGCGGUGUGCAGAGCUCAUCAAUCGCUACACUGAAGUUGAUUUUGUGGACAUCAAUUCUGGAUGUCCCAUCGAUCUUGUUUACAGGAAGGGUGGAGGUUGUGGUUUAAUGGGGCGAACCAGAAAAUUUGAACAGAUCGUAAAAGGAAUGAAUUACGUCCUUGAUGUUCCUUUAACGGUGAAGAUCCGCACCGGCGUUCAAGAGAAGUCUAACUUGGCACACAAGCUCAUACCAGAGAUGAAAACCUGGGAUGUCUCUAUGAUCACUUUGCACGGCAGGUCCAGGGAGCAGCGCUACACCAAGUCGGCUGACUGGGACUAUAUUGACACGUGCGCCAAGCUGGCUAGUCCUGUCCCACUUUUUGGUAAUGGAGACAUUCUUUCUUAUGAGGAUGCGAUGAAAGCGAGAGAGACUAGUGUUUCUGGCAUCAUGAUUGCAAGGGGUGCUCUCAUCAAGCCCUGGAUCUUCACUGAGAUAAAGGAAAGCAGACACUGGGACAUCUCGUCCAGUGAGCGACUGGACAUGCUCAAAGAUUUCACUAACUUUGGCUUGGAGCACUGGGGCUCCGACACUCGGGGCGUGGAGAAAACCCGCAACUUCUUGCUGGAGUGGCUCUCCUUCAUGUGCAGAUAUAUUCCCGUGGGCCUGUUGGAGCGAGUGCCCCAGAAGAUCAACGAGAGACCUCCCUACUACAUGGGCCGGACCUACUUAGAGUCGCUGAUGGCCAGUCAAAAUGUUGCAGACUGGGUCAGGAUAAGUGAAAUGGUGCUUGGACCCGUACCGAAGAAUUUCAACUUUUUACCCAAACAUAAAGCAAAUUCCUACAAGUGAUCUCUUUUUUUCCUUUUGAGUGACUGCUAAACACACAGCAUUCUAUACUUUAUUUUAUUUGCUAUAGAGGACACAAUUAAGGAAAGAUUUUUUUGUUAUAAAUGAUAACUAUUAAAAGUAAAGUAAGUUUAAUUUGUCUUACGAAUACAUGAGUGUUUGUGAACUUGUGA